AUGGGAGAUAGUUUCCCCCGUCUGGUCGUUUCUUGGCUAUUUCUCCUGCUUGGACCAGUCUUCAUCAUUCCCGCUCAGUCGUAUGUGGACGUAUCUGAUGACACGUUAAGGUCACUUCCUAGGCCGAACAAUGAUUUCGAUAUCUAUAAUGGUGCCCUUCUCUCGCCCAUCCUUCGCACUCGAGUUCCUGGUACACCCGGUUCUCUGGCGGUUCUCCAACACUUCGUCGACUUUUUCAGGACCACUCUACCUGAUUGGAAAAUAGAAUUCCAGAAUUCGACAUCAAAAACACCGGCAACUGGAAACAAGAACAUCCCUUUCGUCAACCUCAUUGCAUCUCGAGACCCACCAUGGGCAGAUGCCGGAGAUACAAGCCGAUUGACCUUGGCGGCACACUAUGAUAGCAAACUGCAACCAACUGGGUUUAUUGGCGCUACAGACAGUGCCGCUCCUUGCGCGAUCAUCAUGCACGCUGUGCGAAGUAUUGAUGCCGCUCUGACUGCAAAGUGGGACGCCAUGAAGUCCAAUCCAUCUGACGACUCAUUUCUUGACCCUCAAGGCAUCCAAGUAAUGUUUUUGGAUGGAGAAGAGGCAUUCGUUCACUGGACUGACACGGACUCCUUGUACGGCUCUCGAUCAUUGGCCCAGGCCAUGGAAGAUACCUUUUAUCCAGCCACAUCUACCUACAGGUCACCAAUCUCUGCCAUCUCGCUCUUUGUCCUUCUCGAUUUACUAGGCGAGAAAGACCCUACAAUGCCGUCCUUUUUCACAACAACUCAUUGGGCGUAUAAAAAUAUGGCUAAGCUCGAACUCCGCCUGCGCGAACUCGGCCUGUUCAGGUCAGCACCGAAAUGGAAGCAAGGUGAUAGACUAUGGUUUGUCGAUCUCAAGAAGAAUAAAUUCUUCCCCAGUGGGCUUGGGGACGACCACGUGCCUUUCAUGAAUCGCGGAGUUGAGGUCUUGCAUUUGAUUGCCUAUCCCUUCCCGAGGGUGUGGCACAAAAUUACAGACGACGCGCAACAUCUAGACCUAGAUACCGUUGAAGAUUGGAGCACACUGCUCACAGCGUUCUUAGCUGAGUGGCUAGAAUUGGAGGAGGUAUUUCUAAAACACAAAGGGUCAGUACUAGGAAAUAAAAGGAAAAAAACGGAGUUAUAA